AUGGAAUCUGUGAAUGGUUUGGUUAAUCAGCUUCUUGGACAUGUUCCAAAUUUGUGCAUUGGUAUAUCCAGUCUCAACUUCUAUGUCCAGGCAUUUGUCCUCCCAAACCCACCUUUCCACCUGCUCCUCAGUUGCCCAUUCCAUGUCCUCGCCUCUUGCAUGACCCAAGAUUACAUGGACAGAAAACAGAAGGUUCAGAUCACCUGUCCAAAUCCCCACCAGACAAUCAACCUAUGGACCCAAUUGCACCACAUGGGAAGAAAACAUGCGAUCCAGGAUUUUUAA